AGCACAAUAAUUUGGUUGUGAUUAGUGAAUUGAUGGCAGUCCAAAGAAUUGCAAUUGGGUCUCCUGGAGAGGCUGCUCAGCCUGAUGCAAUUAGAGCAGCAUUUGCAGAAUUCUUCUCAUUGCUUAUUUUUGUUUUUGCUGGUGAAGUCUCUGGCAUGGCUUAUAAUAAACUUACAAACAAUGGACCAGCAAUACCAUCUGGUCUGAUAGCUGCAUCAUUGUCCCAUGCAUUUGGUCUUAUUGUGGCUGUCUCUGUUGGUGCAAACAUUUCUGGUGACCAUGUGAACCCUGCUGUUACUUUUGGUGCCUUCAUUGGAGGAAACAUAACCCUUUUGAGGAGCAUUUUGUAUUGGUUUGCACAGUUGCUUGGUUCGGUUCUUGCUUGCAUUCAUCUCAGGUCUGCUACUGGAGGAAUGGUAAUAACCAAUCAUUCAUGUUCAUCUAUCAUGCACAAAUACUUUAAAAUUGGUGAUGAACUCCUUUUAUAAUAGUAUCUGAUACUA